GAGACAGACCCAGCCCCUCAUGUAAAGCAGCACAGAGGCGUACGGGCUUCCUCCCCUUUUGUCGAUUAGUUUGAUACCAGGAUAGUGAAGGACUAAAUCGGGAAUGGCCUUUCUCUCCUUUACCACACAAGUUAUAAAAUUAUAUUUGAGCGCGGGUUGUUAAUUUUACAGUUUAGCGCAGGUUUGUUUUCCACCUACACGAUCUACGGCUACUUCCUGGUGCCACAGAGAGAGGCAGUGCUGAGUUAAAGAGACAGAAAUACUGAUAGAAAUUCAGAUAGAAAAAAAAAAAAAAAAAAAAAAAAAACAGUGAGAGAGGAGAGGGGCUGGAGACGCGAUAGAAACAGUUGACUGGAUUCCCAGAAAUUGAAAUACCCCCUCUCUCUUAUUUAUGUAUAUUUUUCUGAUAUUUCUUCGCUGAAGCGAGUCGUUAUUCUUCGUCGGUUUGGAUGACGGUCGGCUGCGGCUGAAGCGGAAUUGGAACGGGGAACAUAUUCCUCCCUCCGACGGAGAAGCCUCACCGAGAUUUUUCUUUUUUUCCCCCCUUUUUUAUUUUACAGUAGACUCAUUCUGGUGUUAUUUCGAAACCACAAUAUCAUCCCAGGUGUCAUCUUUAUAUUUGUUACGAUUCCACAAGGAAGGGUUAGGGCGACGGAAGAUGGGUUGUUUGGGCAACAGCAAGACUGAAGAUCAACGCAUCGACGAAAAGGCACAACGAGAAACUAAUAAAAAGAUAGAAAAACAGCUGCAAAAGGAGAGACAAGCAUAUAAAGCAACACACAGACUCUUAUUACUGGGUGCGGGAGAGUCCGGAAAAAGCACCAUUGUGAAGCAGAUGAGGAUUCUACACGUCAACGGCUUCAACGCUGAAGAAAAGAAACAGAAAGUCCAAGAUAUUCGGAAAAACGUGAAGGAUGCCAUAGUGACUAUAGUGUCUGCAAUGAGCACUUUAAUACCCCCAGUCCCGUUAGCCAAUCCAGAGGACCAAUUCAGAAUCGAAUACAUCAAAAGCAUAGCACCACUCUCUGAUUUUGACUAUUCACAGGAGUUCUUUGAUCAUGCAAAGAAAUUGUGGGACGAUGAAGGAGUGAAAGCAUGCUUUGAGAGGUCCAAUGAAUACCAGCUCAUCGACUGCGCACAAUAUUUCCUGGACAGAAUCGACUCUGUAAGACAGAGCGACUACACACCAACAGACCAGGAUCUGUUACGCUGUCGGGUGUUAACUUCAGGGAUUUUCGAGACGAGGUUCCAAGUAGACAAAGUGAACUUUCACAUGUUUGAUGUUGGAGGCCAGAGAGAUGAAAGGAGAAAAUGGAUCCAGUGCUUUAACGACGUCACUGCUAUCAUCUUCGUGGUGGCUAGCAGCAGCUACAACAUGGUAAUAAGGGAAGACAAUAACACCAACAGGCUACGGGAAGCCCUGGACCUCUUCCGCAGUAUUUGGAACAACAGAUGGUUACGCACUAUAUCAGUCAUAUUAUUCCUGAACAAACAGGACAUGCUGGCUGAGAAAGUAUUAGCUGGAAAAUCCAAAAUUGAAGACUACUUCCCUGAAUAUGCUCGCUACACCAUACCAAAUGAAGCAACUCCUGAACCCGGUGAAGACCCAAGAGUGACGAGAGCCAAGUUCUUCAUUCGAGACGAGUUUCUUCGGAUCAGCACUGCGAGCGGUGACGGCAGACACUACUGCUACCCCCACUUCACGUGCGCUGUGGACACAGAGAACAUCCGGCGGGUGUUCAACGACUGCCGGGACAUCAUCCAGAGAAUGCACCUGCGGCAGUACGAACUCUUGUGAUGGAUGGGAGACCGUCUCUGUCAGCCUUCUGUGUUAUUUUUUUUCCACCAUUCUGCAUCCUUGAUGAACCCUUCAUCCUCCUCCUUCUCAUCCUAACCCCACAUCCCAUAAAGAGACCCUCAGACCACCCCUCCUGUUGAGGACUAUGAAGUACUACUGAAGUGUGUCAAAACCUCUUCCUCUUUUUAACUUUUUUUCUCUCUUUUUUGUAUUAGUUUUUUUUUUAUUUUUGGGGAUUCAUUCCCAUUUCUCCAAUGUAAAAGGAAGGUUGGGGAACAAAGUUUGUUGUGUGCCGCUUCUUCUUUUUUCUUUUUUCAGAUUUUUCUUUGAGUCCUUCCUUCUGAAUGCCUUGAUUUUUGUCAUUCCACUAAGCCUUGGGCUACCUCCUGAUGUAAUUUUUUUUGUUUUUGCCCCUUUGUGUCCUGUUUUUUUUUUCUCUCAUUGGACCUGGACUGGUGGGUGUGGAAACAGAAAACACACCUGCAGGACCUCAGUGCAGAGGCGGUGUGUGUAAUGAAGAGAAGGAGGAAUUCCAUGUGAGCGAGCGUAUGUGCGUGUAUAUGCUUUUGUGUCACCCGCCAGUUAACGCUGGCACCACCAUGACUUUUCUGCCCCCUUUUUUUUGCCUCGUCACCCCCCUCGUCGUCCUCCUCCUCCUCUUCCUCCUCCACUCCGACUCGCUUCUAGUGGAUGGAGAGGAAUCGAGCGGGUGAAGAGAUGAAAAUGCACUUUUCAUCAGGUUCCUUAAUAUGUUUUUCUCUUGUUAUUGUUUUUUCUCCAGAGGAAGCAUACACACAAUGUAGCAUCACAAUAUUUAUUACCCUGUCACAAUGUUAGCUUGCCGAGCUGCAGGGUGGACCGAGCAGCCGAGAGACAUGUGGAGUGAGAAAUUAAAAGAGGGGAGGGGGCGGGAUAUAACGGCGAAAUGAAGACUGAUUUAAAUGACGGAAAAGGGACUGAGCUUUCUGCACCUUAGCCCUGCUGCCUCCACAGACUCGGACCUGCGUUCUUUUUCCACACAGACCAUCCUUUUAGCUUAGAGAUACUGACGGAGAGGGGGGGGGGGAUAUGUAUUGUUCUUUUUUUUUGUUUUUUUUUGUUAACUUGUACACUGUGCAAGGUUGAAUUAUCCUGUACAGACUGUAAAAUGUAAUAUUAUUUUGUACAACUUAAUUGAAAGAAAAACAAAUCUACUUGUAGAUUUUUGUGCCUUGAUUAUGGCUGUACCUGUAAAUGAGCUCAGAUGUAAGUAUGUUUUCGACUGCGCUGUACAGCUUGAUGUCAAACUCUAUCUGCAGCGAAAGACUGCGGGUGGGGAACUUUCUCUGUAGAGUUUAGUUUUUUCUGGUUUAUAAAAAAAGAGGAAAUGCUGUUUAGUAAAAAAUAAAAAAUAGGGAAAAAAAAAUCCUAAAAACCUGUAUACAUUAUGCAAAUUAACCACUUACCUGCAGUGAAGACCAGAUGUUGCAGCGCCAUGCCUUUUUAUUUUCUUUUCUCCUUUUAUUAUAUAUAUAUAUAUAUAUAUAUAUUUUUUUUUUUUAUUUCACAGCUUUAAACAAACAUUGGAAAUCCAUUUAAAGUGUCCAAAUUGCAACCUGGUGUUGUUUUAAUAGGAACCAACUUUUUUUCGUUUCUUUUUUGUUGGCUUUGUUUUUUUUUUUCCAAAUAUAAAGUGUGUCUGAGAUCUAUACUGAAGUGCGUGCCUGUGCGCAUGUGUACAUAAAACAGAGUCACAGAAGCAUUGUGUGCGCGUAUGAGAGGAUGAGCGUGUGUUGUGUGUAAAAUUUUAUAAAUGUAUGUACAUGUAAAUUUAUAGGUCUAUAUAAAUAUAUAUGUACAAUUAUACAUGUUUAAUUAUGUGUGUGCCUAGGUGUACAUACCUAUGUAUGUAUACGGUAAAUAUGUAUACAUACACACAUAGGAAAGCAUGUUUAGAAUGGAGAUGAAUAAAUGAGAGCGUGCAAUAUUAGUAAUUCUUUGGUCCUUUGGAGCCAUAACUUAUGGCACAGGCACUAUGAAUGUGUGAGCAGCACCCAACAAGACGAGCUCUUCUUGUACAAACAGCAUCAGCCUUUUCUUCUGCUACAGUACACGUCUAUACCCGAAAGAGAGUGAACUGACUGGAGGUGCAAAAACCUUGUUUGGCCUGGGAGGAUGAUUAAAUGACGUUUUUAUUUUCUUUAAAUAAAGAGGCACAUUAGA